AUGUUGCCAAGUAAGCAAAAGUCUUUUCGUACCGAUCUGUCACCGGACGAUGUCAAACUUGUCAACGAGCUUGGUCGUUUGACCCCUGAUCAACUAGCUGAUUACAUCAAAAACAUUCAAAAUACUGCCUACAGUUUAGGGAUCGAAGAAGGUGGUAAAUAUUUACUUUGA